CCAGAAGAGGAAUACGACAUAUUUGACCUGGAGCUAGUUACCUCUGUUGGUGGGAAGCAAACCGAAAUUAGCGUCCGUAGACGGAACCCCACACUCACAUCCAGUGGGCGUCCCACUUACAAAGUCGAGAAGAAAACCAUCAGUCACUUUUUGGGCAAGAAAAACAUGGCCGUCGUCAUCAACCGCAAUGAAGGCCUCAGCGCAGUCAACAGCACCUCACGAUCGCGAAUGUACCCCAAGGGAUACGCCCCCAUUUUCGAAGCCCAUGACGAGAACACUCGCCACAUAACGAUAACUGCCACG